AUGUUCGCAACCCGCGCCCUCCGUCAAGCGGCACAAGCUGCUGAGCGCACCCCUCUGAUCCGAUUUAUCGGCAAGCACCAAAUUCCCUCCAAGGUCGACCACACCCCUCAACCUCACCCCGCUUCGCCCACGGGUGCCCUGCCCGGCAACUCGCACAGCACCUUCAGCAGCUACCGCGACCACGCCCAACAACACGGCCCCCUGCGCAAGACCAUUGACACGGGCCGAAUUGGCAGCCAGCCCGGUGCCAAGCUGGGCCCCGUAGCCGCUCCCAAGGGUAUGUACUUCGACCGAAGCGAGCUGCCCGUGCGGUUCCGACGUGCACCCAUCGAAAUGUCCGAGAUCGAGGCCGUCGAGAGCGGUGGUGCUGCCCUGUUCGGUUGA